UACCAAAAAUGUAAACAAAAAAAGUUACAUAAAUUUUUAUCAAGAACAUUCAUUACAUAAAGUAUGACAGUUAAAUGUAUACGAACAUUCUGCAGGUAUAUCUUAUAACUAGCAUUUUACAUAAUUUGAGUGUAAUUGGUAAAUAUCCAAAAGUUACAAAAUAUCAUUUCGGCUUUACGGACACAUGCGAAGGGACACCACAAAAUUUAAAUUUAGCACCUAACAUGUCAGACCAGGUUACGAAAGCUGCAGAAGGAGCAGUAUGGGGAAUGCUUAUUGCCGAUGCCCUGUCAAUGCCAGUACAUUGGUAUUACAAUCCAGAUGACAUCAAGAGAGGGUACGGUUCUUGGUUGACAGGCUAUGUGGCUCCAAACAAGCGGCAUCCUUCCAGUAUACUCUCUCUCUCAGCUGUUGAUGGAUCAGGCCGUACAGGUUGGCAUAGUAAAUCCAAACCAAUUAUAGGCAGUGUUAUACUACACGAUAAACUAAAGUAUUGGCAGGGUGAUAGAUCUACACAUUAUCAUCAAGGUAUGAGGGCUGGUGAUAACACCCUAAACUCUGUCACAGCUAUUCAGAUGAUGAAAACUUUGCAAAGGGUUGAUCCAAAAGUUACAGAACCAAGCAGAGGAGUUAAAGGUCAGGUUUUAGAAGAUUAUGUAAAAUUUAUGACCACCCCAGGUUCACAUAAUGACACAUAUGCUGAGUCAUUUCACAGAUCAUUUUUCAAGGACUGGGCUUCAGAACACAAAAAACAUACUACUGCAGAGGAACUGUUACAAUUUACCGACAAAAGAUACAGUGAGAAGGCCAAGGGUCCAGGAGACUCUCAGCUGGUUGUUAUAGGCGCCAUGGCCCCUGCUCUACCCUGGAUCAUCAGGAAUGCUCACAGGUCUGAGGAUGAUUGUGCAAGGGAGGCUAUAGACUUUGUAAAAUGUACACACCCUGUGCCAGCUAUUGUGCCAUUUGUAGAUCUGUAUGCUCGACUGUUGCACAGGGUGAUAAAUGGAAGAGAUCUGAAGCAGGAAGCAGUUAGAGCAUUGAGUCACUCGGAGCUUGGAGGUCCACAGAAAAGAGAGAUGGUUCUUGCACUGAUAGAAAGAGCAGGAAGUUAUCCCAAGGGUUCGGAGGAGAGGCUAAAAGCAUAUCAGAGAGCUACACAGACUCUAGGUUCAGCAUGUUAUAUAGAGGGCGCUAUGAGCUCAAUGCUAUUUUUGGCAUAUGAGUUUGCUGAUGAUUUCCAAGCUGGUGUACUUAAUAAUGCUAAUUGUGGAGGAGAAAACUGUCAUCGAGGGGCCGCCUUAGGAGCCUUACUUGGGGCUAAUGCAAUAAACAAAGGCAAAGAUAUACCUCAGACCCUUAAAGAUGGGUUACAAGCGAAACAAACAGUGAAUACUCUUCUACAAGAGAUGAAGGAGUCUAGGAUGACCUGACAAUUAACAUACCAAAUACUCAAUUUGCCGCCAAAAUUGUGAUCAAAUACAUUUUUUUUUUUUUUAAUGGGUGAUUUUGAAAGCAGUCAAAUCUCCUUACACAUCUAUACAUUUUCUCAGGUAAAACAAGAGAUUUAUCUCUCACAGUUGAGGUAACUGCUGGAUGGACCUUAUGUAAUUCAUAAUAAAUAAUGAAAUAUAGGGAUACACAUACUGUUUGACACAAAUUUUAAUUUUCAAAACAAAUGUUUAAAUAUACUGAAUGUGUAAUAUAUUAGUUUACAUUUAUAUAAGAAAUAUAUGGGCAUGUUUAAAGUUUGUUAAGACUUAAUGUCUCUACACAUUAAACACAGCCAUGUACAAUGUAUUUCAUACCUAAAUGAAAAUUACUAAACUGUGAUUGAUUUAAAUAUUUACAUUGUUUUAAUUGAUGUUGUGUUGUCCACGUUCGAAAUUGUAGAUAUUAUAGAUAAGAAAAUGAA